AUGUCCCGACCGCCAUUUCCCAGUGGAUGGUCGUCCAUUCCGCUGAGUCUCAAAAAUCUCACUCUUGUCAAUACACUCCCCGUUGGUCAGUCUUUUUUAUGGCAUAGGCAUGCUGAAGAGUUUUCACGAGCGGUAGAUGAUCCUCCGCGUGUGGUAUGUCUGCGACAGUUGCAAGAUCGACUUUAUUAUGCCGCGAUCCAUUUGACGAACGACGCUGCGAGGCUGGACAAGGAGGGAGGGUUGACGCAUAGGUGGAUUCAGGAAUACUUUCAGCUCGACAAGUAUCCCGAUUUGGAGACGAUGUAUGCGGAUUGGAGAUUGAGGGAUCCAGAGCUGUUUGGUAAAGUCGAGGUGAAUGAACGGGCGGUAGGAGUUAGAGUCGUUCGUCAGGAUCCAUGGGAGUGUCUCAUAGCGAUCACGUCGUUGUUGCACCGUUUCUCACAUGCAUUCGCUCCGCCAGUCAUGACCCUCGACAAUCCCGAUGAUACUGGUUUCACGACCUACCACUUGUUUCCUUCGCCUUCAUCACUGCCUGUGAAACUGGAGACUCUGCUCCGCGAGAUGGGAUUUGGGUAUCGAGCUGCGUUCAUCGAAUCGACUCUGCAGGCCUUGCGGGAAGAAUUCAAGGAUGACGUGGAGGGAGGUCUUGAGAGCUGGAGAGGUAUGGACGUGAAUACAGUUAGAGAAAAGCUGGUCGCUUUGAAGGGUGUUGGCAGGAAAGUAGCAGAUUGUGUCAUGCUCAUGUGCAUGGACAAGGCGUUUUUGCUGGAGAAAUGGGGUCCGAUGGGAGGUUGGUGCCAAGCAGUCAUGUUCGCGGCGGAUCUACCCAUGAAGGCAAAGGUGACGAAGAUUGCGGUGAAGAAUCUCAAACGGACUAGAAGUGGGACCCGAAUUGAACUCAGAGAAACGAUAAAAGUGGAAGAGAAAUGA